CCCAGGAACCAACUGAGUUAAGCCCGUGCGCCCCCAUAACCCGGCCCGACAUCAAUAUGUUGGUCUUCUCUUAUUCUUAUAUUAUGAUCUUACAUGUUUAUUUUUUGGAUUUUUAUGCUAUAUUUAUUUGUUACAAGCUAGAUCAAAUGUAAAUAAAUCUGAUUUAAAGAUUCAUUUUGUAUAGAAUUCUGUAAAAUGACCAAUGAUUCUAGAUCUAAAGAUUCAUUUUGUUGGCCACCUAAUUGUAAUUAUACAAGUAUCUUAAACUAAACAAUGCCAAAUUUGAUUUCUCAGAAUUACCUUUUAGAUAGUAAAAUAAAAAUACUGUCUGUAUGUAAAAGCCAAAAUGGAUCAAUAAUAACCAUAUAAUUUACAGCUAUCAUUUAAAUAUAUACUCUUCUAUAUUUAAAAUAUCAUACAAUAAUCAAUUACUUAGUCGACCGCUCUUUAUAUUUGAUCGAUUUUGAUUUUUGCAUCUACUACAAAGAUUAUUGAUGUUGAUUAAAGCAUUCACAUUUGACCAUAAAAAACGACACAAAUAUUUUUGGUUUAAACAUAUUGACUCAAUAUUUUUUAACACCAUUCCUAUAUCACUAGUAGUAGGUUGAUUUUUGCCCUCCUCAUCCAAAACCCUAUCUCUUCUCUUCCACUCUCUCUCGCACACAGGCUCAGACCGUGAGUGAGUGUGUAUAUACUCCAUAUAAAUAUGUGUGCACAUUUGUGGACGACUUUAAUUAAACUCCAUCAACUGACUUUCUGAGACUCUGAAUAUUCAAUUCAUUGAAAAGGAUAAAAUGAGGUCCAUGAAUCUGGUGGAUGCCUGGGUCCAAAACCUCUCAAUCUUGAAGCACCCUUCCCCCUCCAAAUCUCUGCUCGGAUCCAUCAGAUUCCAACCGCUUUUCCUCAAAUCGUCGAGGCUAAUCGCUAUCUCCGCCGUGCUCACCGGCGAGGAGCCCAGAAUCUCGGCGCCCUUCAAUUUCAACGCCUACGUCCUCGACAAGGCCAAUCAUGUCAACAGGGCGCUCGACGACGCUGUGGCGGUCAGGAAUCCGCCGAUGAUCCACGAGGCCAUGCGCUACUCGCUCCUCGCCGGCGGCAAGCGCGUCCGCCCCAUGCUCUGCAUCGCCGCCUGCGAGAUCGUCGGCGGCCCCCAGUCCGCCGCCAUCCCCGCCGCCUGCGCCGUCGAGAUGAUCCACACGAUGUCGCUCAUCCACGACGAUCUGCCGUGUAUGGACAAUGACGACCUCCGCCGCGGCAAGCCAACCAAUCACAAGGUCUUCGGCGAGGACGUCGCCGUGCUCGCAGGUGAUGCUUUGUUGGCAUUCGCGUUUGAAUUCAUGGCGACGGCCAUGGUCGGGGUGGCGCCGGAGAGGAUACUGGCGGCGGUGGGGGAGCUGGCGAAGGCGAUCGGGACGGAGGGGCUGGUGGCGGGGCAGGUGGUGGACCUCAACUGCACCGGCGACACAAAUGUAGGGUUAGACACAUUGGAAUUCAUACACAUUCACAAAACUGCCGCAUUGCUAGAGGCCUCUGUAGUUUUGGGGGCUAUAUUGGGAGGUGGAAGCAACGAUCAAGUUGAGAAAUUAAGAACUUUUGCUAGGAAGAUCGGUCUGCUCUUCCAAGUUGUGGAUGACAUUUUGGAUGUUACAAAGUCGUCGGAGGAGUUAGGGAAGACGGCCGGGAAGGACUUGGCUGUCGACAAGACCACAUAUCCGAAGCUGCUGGGGCUCGACAAGGCGGUCGAGUUUGCCGAGAAGCUCAACGAGGAGGCCAAGGCGCAGCUGUCCGACUUUGAUCCGCUCAAGGCGGCCCCGCUCGCUGCGCUGGCGGAUUACAUUGCUCACAGGCAGAACUAGUUCUGCUAUCAAAAAAAAAAACCUUUGGUGUCUGUUGUAGAAAUAUUGAAGAGAUGUUUUGCUAUGCCAUGAAAUUGCAUAGCAAUUCUUUUGGAUAUCAACUUAUAUGGUUUCUUAUAAUCUUAUAAUCUCACUUGUUGUUGUCUGCUAA